CCCAGAUUCAGGUUACGGCCACACUAACUAAAAUAAAUUGGCGCGUUUUGUUGUUUAUAGGCAGCUUGUUGUGAAAUUAAUAUAAAAAACAUAAUUGCAAGCUUUAAAAAUCCAUCAAAAUGAAUGAUUCGUUUGGAGAUUUCAAUGCCACACAAACUGCGACCGCUGGAGCCGCCAGCAAUCAAAAGGGAGAGGGAAUUGUGCCAUUGGUAAUAAAGCAGAUUGUGGAUGCGCCGGAGGGAAACAUCGAGUUGUUCGGCAUGCAAUAUGCCAUGGCCUGUGUGGUGGCCAUAGUGCGAAACAUCGAGACCUCCUCGACCAAGAUCACUUACACCCUGGAGGAUCACAGUGGCCGAAUCGAUGCACAUUAUUGGCUGGAGGAGGGCGAUGCCCUGAAGGCCCCCGAGGUCAUGCUCAAUAACUAUGUGAAGGUCUAUGGCACCACGCGAUCGCAGGCAGGUCAGAAAACGCUGAUGGUCUUUAAAUUGCUACCCAUUUUGGAUCCCAACGAGGUGUGCACCCAUCUCCUGGAAGCUCUCAAUGCCCGCUAUAGGGCAGAGGACUACCAGAACAAGGGAGGAUCCUCAGCCGUUGCUCCGUCGGGCUCCGGCUCCAUAUCCGAUUUCACCGCCUCCCAGAGCUCGGCCAUUGUCAGUGGGCUGGAUCCCAAGCAGCAGGCCGUAUUCCAGGCCAUCAAGAGCAAUGUUUCCGAGGAGGGCAUCUCCCGCAAGGAACUUAAAGCCAAAUUCUCCCACAUAAGCGACUCCGAGUUGACCAAUAUUGUGGACUUUAUGAUUUCCGAGGGACAUAUUUACUCCAGCAUUGAUGCCGAUCACUUCAUUUGCACUAUGUAAAACGAAUCUGAAGUUUAAACAUGUAAUUACGCGUAUUAAAUAUAUUAAAUUUAUAUAAAACGGAAA